CGGCGCGUUAAGUGUUUAUACAACUUUGAACAUUUUUUUAACUAUAUAAUACAAUUUUUCAGUGCACGACAAAUUAUCAUUAUUAUUUAGCUGAAAGAGCGCGGUGUAUAGGAGGUAACCGUAAUCAUCAGAUCUGCGGACUAUCCUGUGAUAAAAGUGUGUUUGAAAACAUACCAAGUAUUGGACUGCAGUGCGUCCCGGUGACUUUGUAAAAUGAGCGUUCCUAAGCCAGAUGGGCGUUUGACGCUGCCAAUUACGCGGGCCAUCGAUCAACAGGACGAGGAAACCUCGGAUUGUCCGCUCUUGACUCCGAGCCCGCCCGUGAAGCUCGUGCAAAGUACCCUGGACGACAGGAGCGCGUUCAUGGCUCGCGCCGAUACGCCCCUGGACGAGCCGCUGAACAACAUCAACUCCGAAGACGGACUCGCCUUCCUCAACAUCGUCAACAGCUCGUGCAAAGGAAUGGACGACGAACCAACUUCACGAGAUCCGAUGGUCGAAACGAGCAGCAACAGCGGCAGCAGUAGCGACACUAACGAGCCAGUUUGCACGCAAUUACUUACUCAAUUGAAUACCGCGUACACCCAUUUGGCUCCCGAUGCACAAGCCCUGUUUUACAACCAAGACAACAGCGGUAAGCCCCCGCUAACUGGGAUACAGUUGGUUGUGCCAAAGUCCCCGGAGGAUUACAGCUUCAUGAAAUGGAACUGGCCCGUUAUCCGGAAAACGUGUUUUUGGACGUUCAUGUCGGUUUUUGCCGGCUGCGUGGCCCUCGUCAUUGGCGUGCUGUACACCAUGCCCAAAAGAUGCGACCCCAAGGUCGAAUGGUGGCAAGGCAGUCUGUUUUACGAAAUAUUCCCCGCCUCCUUCCAAGACUCGGUGAAAAACGAUGGGAUCGGCGACCUUCGGGGCAUAACGAAUCGACUGGAGUACCUGGAAGGCCUCGGGGUCAAGGGGGUACGAUUGAACUCGAUAUUUUUGUCGACAAAGUAUCCCCAGCGUUACACCGAACUGGAGAGCCUGACGGAAAUAGACCCGGCCCUCGGCACCCUCGACGACUUUUCCAAAAUGGUAUCUGCGAUUCACCAGAGAAACAUGGCCCUCGUGCUCGACCUGCCGCUCUACCCGUUCGUCGAGAACUUUGACGGAGCCACCGAGAACCGCAACCUCACCGACCGCCCCAACGAGCGAGAAUCACCGGCCCUGCCCUUGCCGUCCUCCCGUAGCGAGGCCAAGCGCGCUCUUUUGGCCCCGGAAGUCCCGACGGAGACGUUUGGCCCUCACCCGCUCGACGACAACGUUGUCACGAGGGCCAUUAGGUUCUGGCACGGCAGGAACGUCGAUGGUUUUUACCUGAAGGGCCUCGAGCACUACACCUACGAGAUAAAUUUCGCCGCCGCCCUGAGACAUUGGAAAUCCAUCGUGGGCCCGGAUAAGAUACUCGUGUGCAGCGAAAAGGCGCUGGCCACUGACUCGGAGCUCGCGAGAAGUGCCAUUCUCAGCAGAGUUAGUCUGGUUGAUGUUACGCUGGACGUCGUCAAUGGGACGAAGAGUAUCAAGGACCAGGUGAUCAAGGUGCUGAAGGGACCGCUCUUCCAAAAAGCCAAUUACCCGUGGGUCCACUGGUCCACCGGUAGCAUCGACACUUUCAGACUGGCCUCCAAAUUGAAGGUCGCCAACGCCAGCGUUGCCAUAGCCAUGAUGGGAAUGAUGCUGCCGGGCACGCCUAGUAUUUUUUACGGGGACGAGAUCGGUAUUUUAAGUUCGGCAAGUCAUGGCCGGCGAGGUGGCGAGCCUCUGGGCCAACUGGUGCCCAUGCGCUGGGACAAUGUCAAUGCCAACGAUGAGGCAUUCCUAGCGAGCACCACGACACCGUGGACGCUCAAGUCUACGAAGCCAGCUGUGACCAAUUUAACCGGUCUCGUGUCGAAAAUGUUGAGACUACGUGCGGAAGCUGUACCUAUAUACGUGAAAGCUGUGCUCAAAAAUAACGAACCCGUGGCCAAUUGCGAUGUUCGGUACACUGCGGAUGAGAUGAUUGUGAUUGAACGGCGAUACCCUCGAAGAAACACUUACGUGUUCGUGUCCAAUCUUGGCCCUGUCAGUCGAACGAAGGAUUUGUCGUCGCUCUACUACGGAGGCUACGUGGUCGUCGGACCCGAGCACAAGCUAAAUCGCAACAUUUACUUCAAGGAAUUGACCAUCCUGCCUGGCGAAGCUUUUGUCAUCAAACUCGACAAAUGAACUCUUUUUACCUUUUUUGGUUGCUCUCUCUUUUUUUUUUUUUUUUUUUUUUCCUCUUUUUUCGUGCAGUACGAAAUCAUCAUUCAUCUAUCAAGUAUUCAGAGAUCCAAUUUCUAAACUUUUCUUUAUCAACACGUUCGAAAGUUCGAAAGUUGCGAUGAAUACCUAUAAAGGUCGAUGCGUCUUACGUAUCUUUUUUUUUAUUAAAUUUUUAAACUCAACAUCAAUGUACGCAUUUCGUCAUGAUGUGUUUACAUGAUUUUUUGAAAUUUUAAAUUCAGAAUUCCAGUUUGUUUCGUGCGUGUGUAAAUACUCUCAUGUGUACAUGAGCAGCAUUAGAUACUUACAACGAGUAUUCUGAAAAUUCCUAAAGCUAUGAAAUGGAAAAUGAUAGCGUACUUACUAUUUUUUUUUUUUUUUUUUCAGAUUUUUAAAACAAUUGUUAUUUUCAGAUUACUUGAGUAUUGAAGAAUGUAUAUCUUAAACUAAA